UAUAUAUAUAUAUAUAUAUAUAUAUAUAUAUAUAUAUAUAUAUAUAUAUAUAUAUAUUUGCAGCCACCAAUAUCCAUCCAUAGAUAAUCUGCAGAAUUGUUUCUACAAAAAGUUGCAUCUUGUAUGGCUGUGUCUUCGGCAGUUAGCAUGAACUUUGUAGUUGCACCAAUAUCCAUCCACAGAAUGUCUGCAGAAUUGUCUUUUCAAAAAGUUGCAUCUAGUAUUGCUGUGUCUUCGGCAGUUAGCAUGAACCUUGCAGUCGUAUCAAGAGAACUUUUUUCACCUUCUCCACAACCUCUCACAUCAAAUUCAUGGAAAAGAAGGGGAAGCAAUUUGAAAGUUAGAGCAAAAUUAGUGUGUUUUAUGAUAGGAGGAGGAGAGGGUGAUGUCAAGAACGAUGGGAAGAAGAAAUUCAUAACUAAAGAGGAAGAACCUGAACAGUAUUGGCAAUCAGCUGGAGAAAGAGCAGGGGAGAACCCCAUGAAGACUCCUCUUCCCUAUAUAAUCAUAUUUGGAAUGUCAACACCCUUUGUGAUAUUGGCCGUUGCUUUUGCAAAUGGUUGGAUAAAGGUUCCAAUAAGGUGAUGAAAGUCUGAAUGAAGUAAGAGGGGCUUUUUGGAUGUCUGAUUCUGUUUAUUCUGCUCUGGCCUUUUCUUCAGUUGAGUUUGCUCUGUAUAAGAUUAACCCCAUUUCCACACAUUCUUUUGUAUUCUAUGCCAUGUGAAGAUAUAGAAUUUUAAGCUCGUUGCACUUGCUA